UGCAAACCCCCCAUUUUACAUCGUCUUGUUCAAAACUAGACGCCACCUUUCGCAUUCCUACAGUCUUCCUUAUCGGAAGUCAUUUUUAUCUAUUUCUCAACUCUCCCGUGUGAGACGCGCACAAGUGCUUCCCUUGGCGCGUUUCUGGAUUUCCAACAACCGCAAUCAUGGCGCCUAAACAGAAAGCCCAGAAGAUGUCCAUCAGCACCUUCUUAGCUGAUGAGAACUUUGGCUCUUGGGCCGACGAGAUGGAUGACAUGCCUUUGCCUGCCCCUCCUCAGCCCAGGUUCGACAGCGAUCGCCGUGCUGGUGGCCUCUCGUCUGCUGGAUUCGGCAGUGGCUUCGGUGGUACACUCUCCUCCCCCUUUAUGGGAGCCCUGCCCCUCCCCACUCAGCCCCCGUAUACUGCCCACGUCGGAAACUUGUCCUUUGAUGCGACUUCGGCUGAUAUCUCUGACCUCUUUGUCGACUGCGCUGUGACGAACGUUCGUAUCGUGGAGGAUAAGUUAACGAAAGCCCCUAAGGGCUUCGGAUACGUCGAAUUCGAGACGGUAGACGGCUUGAAGAAGGCUCUCGACCUCUCCGGCGCCACCCUUCAGGGAAGGGCCAUCCGGGUCAGCAUCGCAGAGCCUCCUAAGGAACGUGAUGUCAAGGAAUUCGACUGGACUCGCAAGGGCCCUCUUCCUGCCCCCGAGGCUCCGCGCCGUGUGCCUGACCGCUCCUCCUUUGGACGUAACAUGGACAACUUCUCCGAUGCUGGUAGCGAACGUACUGGUGGACGUCGCAACUUCGAAUCCGACGGCAAGUUCCGCGAUUUCGGCAACUGGGAGCGAAAGGGUCCUCUCUCUCCGACCGGCCCUGUGAGAGAAGGUGGCCGUCCUCGCACCAACGAGGGAUCCAGUUUCAGAAAGAGCUCGCCUGCCUGGGGUGAGGGACGUUCCCAGGAUGGCUCAAGGCCUCCACGACGUGAAUUCCAAGAACGGGCACCUACUGCAGCUGAAAUGGACAACGCCUGGAGAUCAAAGAUGCGUCCUGAUCAACCUAAGGAGUCUAGCAACCCUCCUUCCCCCGCUGCCGCUCCUGCAUCCCCUGCUGCCCCUACGAGGCCAAGACUGAACCUUCAAAAACGAACCGUGACCGAUGCUGUGUCUAGCCCGGCUGCGGGAACUGGAACUGGGGCCAGCCCAUUCGGUGGUGCCCGCCCGAUUGAUACUGCUGCGAGAGAGAAGGAGGUUGAGGAACGGCGCCAACUGGCAUUGAGGCAAAAGAAGGAAGCCGAUGAGAAGGCCAAGGCUGAGAAGGGCGACAAGCAGCGACCUGCCAAAGAUCAGGCUAAGGGCGAUAAGACUGGCACAUCUGCCGAUGCUACCGGCAGAGAUUCUGCCGAUACCCCUCAGGGUGCGAAGAACUUUGAGAUCCUCCGGCGGGCCGGCGAGGACGAGAGUGGCAUGGCCGCUGAUCAAGAUCAAUCAGAGGAGGCCAAGCCUGCUGCGAAGGCCGAAGCCUCAAAUGAUGCCGCCCCUAGCAAGGAAAACGGUAGCUGGAGGCGGGCUCCUGCUCAGCCAGCUGAUGCUGCUGACGAGGAGGGCUGGAGCACCGUGAGCUCGAGGCAACGUAACAACCGCCGUGGAGCCGGCCGUACGUUCGCAUAGAUCUAACGAUACCCCGAAUGCAGUCAUUACUCGACCGAAACUUCGCAUUCCUUCCAGAGCGAAAUCCUGUUCACGAGGCUCUUCGUACGGUGCCUCGUUUCUUACUGUCGCGUACGGCUAUCUCCGAGUAGCGCGUUUCCGAGGUUGCUCUGCGAACAACGUUCCUUUCAAAUGAUGAAUUUUUUGGCUAUGUUGAUGACUGUUUGUUUUCAAUACCAAUCGUCCCGCUUCUCUCUACUCUCCAUUUCUCUCUGAUUGAUUCACGACUUUUUCCGUCAGUCAAGAUCCCCGAUUCACGUCUAGUUUUUGCUACCGUUGUCCGGCAAUGUCGAAAAGUUUUCUACGUUUCUUUUUACCCCCUCUUACUAGUUGCCCUUAGUUUCCUUCCGAGCUAGUGAUUCUCAUGUAUGUGGAUGGACUUAGUAUACACUCGUGACCUUUACGGCCGAUCUGGAUGGAAAGAUGCUAUGUUAUUCUUAACGAUGGUUUCCUUUUCUUCCGCGUUUCUCGGCUUUGUUGUGUCCAGUGAUUCCCCCCUUUCGUUGUCUUGUUCGGGAUCGGGGGAUGGCGUGCGGAGUCCUGUUCUUCUUGUUCUUCUAACGGAGCCAUGUCCCUGCCUAGUUGACGAGACAGCCAUGCGAAUAAGAUUACGACUCAGCGACCUGCAGAGGUGCUUUCCGGAGCCCAAGAACGGUAGUCUGUCUAUCUUACUAGCCAGGCUUAUAAAAGAGAAACAAAAAAAAA